CAAGCAGUGACCGCUUUUCACCAGGAAGGCACUCAUGGCUCUCUUUCGCUCAUUUUCACCAGCCUCCCUUCUAUUUUGCUUCUUUGGUCUCCUGUCUUUUGCUUCUCUCGGAUCGUCACUGCUUAUUCUCACCACUCUGACCACUCCCAGCUUUUAUCAGCACUAUGUCGACCAAUGACGGAAACAACAACGACUUCUUUGAUGCCGAGGAGACGGAUCCUCAAAAGCUUGACGAGGACCACGAUGAAGUCGUCGACGAGGACAACGCCGGAGAAAAGCGAAAGGCCAGUGCUGGUAAGCAACCAAGAGCACAGAAAAAAAUCAGGGUGUCCAAUGCCAGAGGAUUGCCGUGGGAAAUUCAAAGGGCGCUGGCCAUGGAGAUCGAAGCAAUGGGUGGGAUGGACAUUUUCAAAAAGACGACUCAUGGGAUGUCCACGAUUUGUGAUCGUAAUCCUGCCGUCUUUGGACUGCCGGGUAGCCGAAGACGACACCAAAUUAGGAGUAAGGUCAAGUAUUGGAGAACUUACACUCCUGGAGAGUACAAGGCUUUGAUUAAUAGCUUUGUCGAACGUGGAGGUACCAAUGCGUCUACGAAUUCGGCACUGUUGCUACAGCAACGAAAUAACAUGAAUAUGCAAUAUCAGAUGCAUCAGCAAGCAACCAUGCAGAUGAACCCAGAUUGUUUCCCCACCAAGGCGCGAACCAGCCAACCUUCGGAUAUAUUUCCAGUUGCGAAGCAACCCAAGGGGAAAGCGCAGCAGCAACAGGGUCAAAAUGCCUUCCCCAAAGCUCCUCCCUACUUUGGGAAUAAUCAGCCCCCACCACCUCAACAGCAGCAGUCACCAACACCACAGUUCCAACACAAUGUUGCCCAGCAGCAGUUUGCUAGCGAAGAAAAGCCAGCUGAAAAGCGAAAGCUUAGUUUGCCCAUCAGCGACGAGCAAAAGUAUGAAGUGAUCCAGGUCGAUACCAAAUUUCCAGAGAACAACUGCGGUAUUGGCAUUUUUGAAUUCGCGGAUGCUGAAAAUGGAGGGUAUCUUCACAAUGGAUACGAAAUCACAAUGGAGGGUGAUGUGAGGGACCUUGUAGCUGAUGCCUACAAGGCCACCUUGGUCGGUGAGAGGGACAUUUUGCUACGAGUACCAGCAAUGUCAUAUUCCUUCCUGCACAAUCACGAAGAGUUCCAAAAGCGUGCCAAAUCUAAUGAUCUAUACUGCCCCUCCACCGAGGAAGCACGAGAGCAGGCACGCAAGAGAAUCUUGAAGGACCCUUCACGCCAAGAUCGCUUCAUCUUAUUGGAGUUUCCCGAGGGAGUCAAGCUCACGAACAAGAUCUUUUCGCCAGAGUCUACCGAUGGAGAGAUCGACUUUGACUUGAUGCCAAUUACGAUCGACGUCGAGUUGAACGGGAAGGAGUUGCCCAUGACCAUCACUCGUAUCUCCUGGAGGGUGACUACAGAGGCGCGAAAACGUCGUCCUGUCAGGAAGGAUAAAAGCGAAGAAGCGGGUGGCGCAACGACAAAAGGAGCUUCAAAGCUGGCCAAUCUCUUUUGAGAUGUGCAGUAUGGGUACGGUACAAGCUAGCAAUUGCCUACAGUUUGUUUGCUCGCGUGUUUGUGCACGAACCAGUGUUGUCAUUACUCGUAGUAAGGUUUUGAACCAAUCGGAUUCAAUUCCAGUUUAGAUAUAUAUCACAGGCACUUGUACUAGUUUACAGC